AUGCGAAUCCUCGUAGCAUCCUUCUUCCCUAGAGUGUUGGCCAAGACCCGUGCCUGCUCCGCGGCGUCGGUGGCACACAAGGCGGCGUCCUUCCUGAGGGACAUUGGACAAAUCGACCUCGCCUCCAUCGACGCCGGGAAACGGAGAUUACAACUAAACCUUUCGCUGCACUACAGCGACCCGGCGUCCAUGUCUGAAGACUUGGCUUUCCAGUGCGGCGCGGGCGCGGCGGUGGACGGGGCCAAGGAUGCUAUAGCUAAGAUCCACGCUAUCGACCCCAUUGACGUCAAGCAGUUGGCUGCUGAACUUCCGGCGACGAUAAAAACAACGUUAGCAAUGGCGGUAGUUGGGGAUGUGCCUGUGACCCCGUUUAGAGAAGAAAUAAUAGAAAAAUUGUGA